AUGUGUUUCUUUCUAUCUAUCUAUCUCUUUAUGUCUUUCUCACCCUCUCUCUCUCUCUAUGUGUUUCUUUCUAUCUAUCUAUCUCUUUAUGUCUUUCUCACCCUCUCUCUCUCUAUGUGUUUCUUUCUAUCUAUCUAUCUCUUUAUGUCUUUUCUCUCUCUCUCUCUCUAUGUGUUUCUUUCUAUCUAUCUAUCUCUUUAUGUCUUUUCUCACUCUCUCUCUCUAUGUGUUUCUUUUAUCUAUCUAUCUCUUUUAUGUCUUUCUCUCUCUCUCUCUCUCUAUGUGUUUCUUUCUAUCUAUCUAUCUCUUUAUGUCUUUCUCUCUCUCUCUCUAUGUGUUCUUUCUAUUCAUCUAUCUCUUUAUGUCUUUUUCACUUCACACUCUAUGUGUUUCUUUCUAUCUAUCUAUCUCUUUAUGUCUUUCUCUCUCUCUAUGUGUUUCUUUCUAUCUAUCUAUCUCUUUAUGUCUUUCUUCUCUCUCUCUCUCUCUAUGUGUUUCUUUCUAUCUAUCUCUUUAUGUCUUUAUGUCUUCUCUCUCUCUCUAUGUGUUUCUUUUAUCUAUCUAUCUCUUUAUGUUUCUCCUCUCUCUCUCUCUAUGUGUUUCUUUCUAUCUAUCUAUCUCUUUAUGUCUUUCUCACUCUCUCUCUCUCUCUAUGUGUGUUUCUUUCUAUCUAUCUAUCUCUUUAUGUCUUUCUCACUUUCUCUCUCUCUAUGUUUCUUUCUAUCUAUCUAUCUCUUUAUGUCUUUCUAUCUCUCUCUCUUCUAUGUGUUUCUAUUCUCUUUAUGUCUUUCUCACUCUCUCUGUCUCUAUGUGUUUCUUUCUAUCUAUCUAUCUCUUUAUGUCUUUUCCUCUCUCUCUCUCUCUCUCUGUGUGUUUCUUUCUAUCUAUCUCUUUAUGUCUUUCUCACUCUCUCUCUCUCUCUCUAUGUGUGUUUCUUUCUAUCUAUCUCUUUAUAUCUUUCUCACUCUCUCUCUCUAUGUGUUUCUUUCUAUCUAUCUAUCUCUUUAUGUCUUUCUCACUCUCUCUCUCUCUAUGUGUUUCUUUCUAUCUAUCUAUCUCUUUAUGUCUUUCUCACUCUCUCUCUCUCUAUGUGUGUUUCUUUCUAUCUAUCUAUCUCUUUAUGUCUUUCUCACUCUCUCUCUCUCUGUGUUUCUUUCUAUCUAUCUAUCUCUUUAUGUCUUUCUCACUCUCUCUCUCUAUGUGUUUCUUUCUAUCUAUCUAUCUCUUUAUGUCUUUCUCACUCUCUCUCUCUCUCUCUAUGUGUUUCUUUCUAUCUAUCUAUCUCUUUAUGUCUUUCUCACUCUCUCUCUCUUUGUAUUUCUUUCUAUCUAUCUAUCUCUUUAUGUUCACUCUCUCUCUCUCUCUCUCUAUGUGUUUCUUUCUAUCUAUCUAUCUCUUUAUGUCUUUCUUUCUCUCUCUCUCUCUAUGUGUUUCUUUCUUCUAUCUAUCUAUCUCUUUAUGUCUUUCUCUCUCUCUCUCUCUCUCUCUAUGUGUUUUCUUUCUAUCUAUCUAUCUCUUUAUGUCUUUCUCUCUCUCUCUCUCUCUCUCUCUCUCUAUGUGUUUCUUUCUAUCUAUCUAUCUCUUUAUGUCUUUCUCACUCUCUCUCUCUCUAUGUGUUUCUUUCUUGCGCUCUACUUCUACUGUGUCGUUGGACUUGCUGUGUUGCGCUUCUAG